CACCACCGGGCCAGAGACGGAAUUCCGUGAGCCGUGUCCGGCGCACAGGCGGUCAAAUACCGCGCUCCCUCUCGGUGAAACGGCGGCGUGAUCUCAUCUUUUAUUUCUCUCAUCUUGCGGGGGCCAAGGCGCCGGCGGAGGAGUUCGUCUGAAUCCGCCCAGUUUAUUCAGUCUCCGAAUUUGUUUCACUUGCCAGUCCGUCAAACUGUUGACAGCAGAAGGAUCUGGUAGCUCUCUCACUGUGGCUUCGAUGGAACCAUGGCAAUGCAGCCAACAAAGAAGAAACGCGUGGCCAGCUUGCCGCAAGAUAUCAUCGAACUGGUACUUGUGAGGCUUCCGGUGAGCAAUCUGCUGCGGUGCCGUGUUGUCUGCAAGCAGUGGGAUGGCAUCAUCCGGGAUCCGCAGUUCACCAUGGCACACCUCAGGCACGCGCAGCCUCGCCCCCUUUUAUUUUUCCAACGAGGCGAGACUUAUGGCAAGUCCUUCCCUAGCGAAGCGGUCCUCUUUGAUGAGGCCUGGUUGCCGUCGACACGGGGUGUGCCGGUGAUUGAGCCUGAUGAUUUCAUGUGUGCUUCGUGCAAUGGUCUUGUUUGCUUGUACUCGGAUAAAUCAACCAUCAAGAUAGCCAACCUCGCCACCGGUGAAAGUAUGCACCUCGCCAAACCCGUCAAGUACAAGCACUCCAUGGAUGAUCACUCUUCGUUCUACAGCUUUGGUUUCAGCCCAGCUACAAAUGAAUACAAGGUCUUGCACUUUCUUCCGGGCGAGGAGCGCCACCAUGUUGGUGGUUCCUUCAGUGUCAUUCAAGUUUACACACUGGGCGAUGAGAAGUGGAGGGACGUCAGAACUGAACAAGCUCUGAGCUUGUUCUGUGUGAAACAAACUGGGGUCGUCAACGCUGAUGGAGCAAUGUACUGGCUAACCAAAGACGAAGAAAGCAGCUGGCGACGGGCCGUUGUAUCCUUUGAUCUCAGAGAUGAACGUCAAAAAUUAAUACGGUUGCCCGAGGUUAUUUUUGCGGAUCCUGCAUUUGGUAAUCCGUUAUAUCGGAUCACGGAGAUAGAUUCCAAGGUGUCCGUGGCUGCUGUUCAAGCCAGAAGAGAUUCUGGGCUUGCAGGGAGGCUGCAUGUUUGGACACUUGACAACAAGGUGAAGCAAAGCUGGAUCCUGAAGCAUAGUAUUGAGUUAUCAGCACUUUACAUUCUAAGACCGCAUUUCAUCUACGGGGAUAAGAUUGCCAUGCAUAGUGGUAACGAUGGCAUAUACUGCCAUGAAUUGACUAGCCAGAAAUUUACGAUUGACGUAACCAAGUUGGCGAAGUUGUUAGAUUUCAGCCCCCGCUGGAUCGGGCAUAUGCAAUCCUAUAUGUAUGUGAAGUCACUUGUGCGGUUGGAUGCAUACAAGAAGGCCGGCAUCGUGUGCACGCCAAGGCGAAAAGAGGGUUGGAGAUUGAAGAAGUGGGAGGCGUGGGAACACGAACGCUCUGAGGUAGAGGAGCUGUGGAGAGCCGGCCAUGGGAUUCAGCAAAGGAUGCAUGAACUGGCACGUAUGAUGGGCGUAGCCAUCAGUCUGAACUUGCCUGCCCCGCCAGAUCAGCAGGAUAGCCCCCUCCGACGGCUUAAUUGGGUGGAGCAGAGGCGGGUGGCGAACAUGCUGAAAUCUCAUCUUGAGGGUUUGGAUGCUCCAUGGGCGGUCAUAGCGCAGGCAGCGGACGCGGCCUGUGGUGAGAAAAAGAAGAUGACCCUAGCGGCAGACCACGCAAAGCAGAGAAAAGGAGAGGAGAGCGAGGCCGGCCCAUCAAGGCCCAAGCGAAAGAGGAAGCCGAGCUCCAGAUUCGAUUCGUCGACGUGGACAACCUGAUUCUGCAGCGCCGUGCCCGGUUAAUGGAGACAUGUUAGUACUGCCCUGAAAUUACGAAGCUCUCGUAUCUAAUCCAUUACAGUUCCUCUUCCUGACAACGACUGUAUGGUGCCAAGACUCGAGAGCAAGCCGUGGUCUCUUUUAGCUCAUAAGCAGAUUUAAACCAAGACUCGUGCUUAAGUCUUGCCAAAGGAGAAAUAGCAGGUCGUAACUUGCUGUGGCACAAUAGUAUCAUAAGUAGGAGCAUUACGGUUAUGAUUUCGCAACUCAUUCUGUCAAAAAAAAGAAGCGUACUGAUCUUCAGUAGGCGUUGUGUGCAAAAACAUGUGUGUAUGUUGUAACCGGUGUUUAUCAAAAAGGAAAAUAUUUGUGCUCC